AUGCUUCUGCGGCUACUUGCCGUCCUUUUAUUCUGCAUUUACCUGAGCGCAGGGGUACUGGCCGAGGAAAUUGAGGAAGAGGACGGCUCGAACCCGAAAAACUACAAAGAUUUCAAGCUGAUCCGGAUCAACCCGGAGAGUGAGGACAGUCUCUCGUAUCUACGCGCCCUCUACGAGGGCGAGAGCCCCUAUUCACUUGAUUUCUGGCAGCCGCCGACACGGGUUGGAGCGCUGUUCAUCGUC